AUACUGAAUUCUGCUAUUUUCGAAUACCGUCAGAAAAAUCGGGACAUUGCCAGAGAAGCCCUCACUCACUUUAAGACAAUAUCGAGCACGGGUGGCUGCAGAAAGGAUCUACUCUCUAAAGCUGAUCAACUGGACGAUGCACUGCUGUCCUUGCCGCAUUCGAGUGAUCAACAAUCCGCUUAA